AUGGUUCAGAACUUAUCCGUCGUCGCUAAGACCGCCCAGCAGGCCAUGAGAAUGGGUGUCAGAGCCUCUUCCACCACCACUGGUGUGCAGCAAAUUACCGCCAGAGACGCCUUAAACUCUGCCAUUGCUGAGGAAAUGGACCGUGACGAGAGUGUCUUCUUGAUGGGUGAGGAAGUUGCCCAGUACAACGGUGCCUACAAGGUUUCCCGUGGUUUGUUGGACAGAUUCGGCGAGAAGAGAAUUAUCGACACCCCUAUCACCGAGAUGGGUUUCACCGGUUUGACCGUCGGUGCCGCUUUGGCCGGUUUGAAGCCAAUCUGUGAGUUCAUGACCUUCAACUUCGCCAUGCAGUCUAUCGAUCACAUCAUCAACUCUGCCGCCAAGACCUACUACAUGUCCGGUGGUAAGCAGCCAUGUAACAUCACCUUCAGAGGUCCUAACGGUGCCGCUGCCGGUGUUGCCGCCCAGCACUCCCAGUGUUACGCCGCCUGGUACGGUUCCAUCCCUGGUUUGAAGGUGCUUUCCCCUUACUCUGCUGAGGAUUACAGAGGUUUGUUCAAGGCUGCCGUCAGAGAUCCUAACCCGGUUGUCUUCUUGGAAAACGAGCUCGCAUACGGUGAGACCUUUGACAUCUCCGAGGAGGCCUUGUCCACCGACUUUGUGCUCCCAAUCGGUAAGGCCAAGGUUGAAAGAGAGGGUACCGACAUCACCAUUGUUGGUCACUCCUUGAGCGUCAAGUACUGUCUCGAGGCCGCAGAGACCUUGCAGAAAGAAUACGGUGUCUCUGCCGAAAUCAUCAACUUGAGAUCGAUUAAGCCAUUGGACGUCCCAACCAUCGUCCAGUCCGUCAAGAAGACCAACCACUUGGUCACUGUUGAGGGUGGUUUCCCAGCCUUUGGUGUCGGUUCCGAAAUUGUCGCCCAGAUCAUGGAAUCCGAAGCUUUUGAUUACCUUGAUGCCCCCGUCGAGCGUGUCACCGGUUGUGAAGUUCCAACCCCAUACGCCAAGGAAUUGGAAGACUUUGCUUUCCCAGAUGGCAACAUCGUCUUGAGAGCCGCCAGAAAGGUCUUGUCCUUGUAA